GACUGUCGGCGACCCAGCACCGCAGCUGUCCAGCACCGCGGAUCAGCUGGAUGGUGGACACUCGGCGCCACAGGCACCCCGGGGGACGUCCUGUGCAGAGCCUGCUGAGUGCCCGGUGACCCUUCGUUCUACUCCUUUGCUUAUGACUUUACCCGAUGCUGAGGACGAGGUUCGGGGUCGGGGGAGAAGGGAAGGUUAAAAUUAGGAUCGCCGUCGCCUCUGCCGGCAGAGACGCGCAUUUUUAGGGAGGCUGCCGGCCUGGAUCUUAGCUUCAGUAAACUCGGUGGGGCAUUAAAGCGCUCCGCAGCGGCGAUUGGUGUGUGCCCCACCCCCGCCAUCCCCUUACGCUGUGCUGCAAAGUACGCCUUGUAGUAGGAAUACUGCUUCGCUGGUGACCUGUAGUCAAGGGCCGAAGAAGACUGAUCAAACUAGGCAGCAGCUCAGGAUGGCUCCCACCCAGGAAGAAACACGCAAACAAGGUAGGAAAAGUGCAGGCGAAGUGGAAAGUAGGAAGUGAGGUUCGUGGGGGCGGGGCUGGCGGGAGUCAUCCGGAGCCAAUCAUUGGCGCGGGGCCGUGCGACGUCACAGCCAAUGGACGCCCAGCGCGCGACUUUCAAUUCCUUUUUCCGCCCAAUCGCGAAAAGACGGUGCCUAUAAAGCCUGCUGCGGCGGACGGGCGCUGUUUCUGCUCGCACAGCGUCGCCGCUGAGUAGGUGGUUUUGUUUUGCUAUGGCCCGCACCAAGCAGACCGCUCGCAAGUCCACCGGCGGCAAGGCCCCGCGCAAGCAGCUGGCCACCAAGGCGGCUCGUAAGAGCGCGCCGGCCACGGGUGGCGUGAAGAAGCCGCACCGCUACCGGCCGGGCACCGUGGCCCUGCGCGAGAUCCGGCGCUACCAGAAGUCGACCGAGCUGCUGAUCCGCAAGCUGCCGUUCCAGCGGCUGGUGCGCGAGAUCGCGCAGGACUUCAAGACCGACCUGCGUUUCCAGAGCUCGGCCGUGAUGGCGCUGCAGGAGGCGAGCGAGGCCUACCUGGUGGGCCUGUUCGAGGACACGAACCUGUGCGCCAUCCACGCCAAGCGCGUGACCAUCAUGCCCAAGGACAUCCAGCUGGCCCGCCGCAUCCGCGGGGAGAGGGCUUAACUGCGUUCGUGCUCGCCUCGACGUUCCAAUCGCAUCCAACGGCUCUUUUCAGAGCCACCCACGC